AUGCGAUCCCAAAAAGUUGCCAUCAUCGGAGCUGGGCCAUCAGGUCUCGUCACUGCAAAAACACUUCUACACAAUUUCCCACAUGGCACAUUUUCCCCCACCAUAUUCGAAAGUCGCCAUGAAGUUGGUGGUCUCUGGCCAAACCGUCCUUCAGGCACGGGGACCUUGGAUCCUUCCAUGCGUACAAAUCUCAGCAGGUUCACAGUGGCUUUCUCGGAUUUUUCCUGGGAAUCAGCACUGGGGACCUCUAACAUCCCAAUGUUUCCACAAGCAAGUCAGGUGGGACAAUAUCUGGACGAGUAUACAAACCGGUAUAUUCCGAGUGAUGUCUUGAGACUCGGACACCGGGUCUUGAAGGCCGAGCGAAUCGCGUCCGAGACUCGAUGGAGGAUUCAGUGGAGAAAAGAGAGGUUUGAUGGGAAGGUUCUAUCGGAUGAGAUCGAGUCGGAAGAAUUCGACCUCUUAGUUGUUGCAUCCGGGUACUUCGCUCACAAACACAUCCCCACGAUUCCAGGAUUGGAACAACUUCAACACGCCGGUCGAGUUGUUCACAGUUCCGAUCUCCAAAGUCAGGAGGGUCUUCGACACGAUCACAAUACUUUGGCUCGUGGAAAUGUCGCCGUUAUCGGCGGAAGUAUGUCUGGAGUGGAAGCUGCUUCUGCCGUUGCGCUUCACCAAUCAUCAUCGGCUCAAAGAAACACAAAAGACGACAAGCAUAUUGUAUAUCAUAUCCACUCGCGUCCUUUCUGGACUCUACCAACUCACCUACCCCAUGAGACUGAAGAAACUGUCUCCUUCUUGCCAUUGGACUUGUCAAUGUACGACCUCGGCCGUCGACCUCCAGGUCCAAUCGAGUAUGCAUUGGGAGUCAUACCCGAGGAAAACGCCGCAAAAACCAAUGAAUAUUUUAGCUCUUUAUUGGGAGCAGAAUACGAAAAGUUCGGAUAUAUGCAAGGAUCAAGCCCAAGUCAGAGUAUGAGUACUCGACCCUCGUGGGUGGCGAUCGGAAAUGACUACGCAGAGUUUGUUCGAUCGAAGGCCAUAAAACCCACAAUGGGUCGCGCAGUAUCCAUGCAGACGAACCCUGACACUAAAAUGGCUACCAUUGAAAUCAUUUCUGCGGAUGGACAGUCAGAGAGCUUGGAGAAUAUCGCAGCUGUUGUGGUGGCUACAGGAUUUACUCCUUUCAAGUCAUUAUCUCUCUUACCAACGGACGUUUUAUCCGCUCUGGAAUACAGCACCGAGGAUCCUUUCCUACCAGUUAUCUUGGAUAAGGGGAGUACAGUUCGCUCAGAGAUCCCAAAUCUUGGCUUUGUCGGGUUCUACAGAGGCCCGUACUGGGGAAUAAUGGAAAUGCAGGCCAGGUUCCUUGGAGCAGAAUGGAUGUUGGAAAUUCACCAGUCUGAGAAGACAGAAGCUCAGAGAGAAAUUUUGCGAAUCUUGAGAGAUCCGGGUGUAAACUCCCAGCGCGGACAGUUUCCGAUGGGGGACUAUGUUGGGCUAAUGGAGUCGUUUACUAAAGACUUGGGUAUUUGCCGUACAGCACUAUCAGAAAGUGACAGUCGGUCUGGUCCGGCUAUCCCUGCUCGGUAUCCCUACAACCACUCUGCCACGUCACGGGAAGAUCUUGAUGAGGAGAAGAAGCGCACAUUGGAUGCGUUGAAAGAUUUGUCCGAUCCAAGCCAUCCAAGCCUACAAGCUGCUGCUGCAUUAGCCAUCUUCCGAUCUCUUCAAGGAGCCUGGAAAUUCUCUCAAGAAAGGGGCUCAGAGAAAGAAUCCGGAACCAUCAUUUUCACUCCGCGAUACGCUUCAAACCCAGACUACGACCGGGAGUAUGUCUGUAGCAUCUUAGAUUCAGACUCCACAGAUAAGGUGUCAUUACCGUCUACAAGUCGCUCGAUUUUCCGAUUAUCGGAAUCUGGAGCUUGCGAUGGAACGCAGAUCGAAGUUUGGACAGGAGAUAUUCCAGUCAAUGAGACUGACGGGAACCCCCAGCAAUUGCAUCUAACCCCUUUCUAUCGCAAGCAAGUGGGUAAGAAAUACAUACCAGGAGAGUAUGUGAUCUAUGCCAAGGGUUACUCAAGAGCCUCUGGGGAGGAUCCUGCAGCCGUAGACAUUGCUCCAAGCAUGUGCGAGUAUAUUUUCCAUUUCAAAGGGGUCUCGAUUAUCACCUGGGAACGAGUGGAGUCAAAAAAUAGCCAUGUGGGAAGCAAAGAUCAACCAGUACAUAUACGAACUGUAUAUAAGAGAUAG